GGCGGGGCGCGGCGGCCGGAAGUGCGUGGCCGCCCGUGGCCAUGGCGGCGCUCGGCGUCGUCUUCCUGGUGCUGCUGGGAGCCGCGUCCUGGCCGCCGGCCUCGGGGUCGGGCGAGGAGUUCUGGCCCGGCCAGUCGGCGGCCGACAUCCUGUCGGGGGCGGCGUCCCGCAGACGGUACCUCCUGUACGACGUCAACCCCCCGGAGGGCUUCAACCUCCGCAGGGACGUGUACAUCCGCGUGGCCUCCCUCCUGAAGACGCUGCUGGAGACGGAGGAGUGGGUGCUGGUGCUGCCGCCCUGGGGCCGCCUCUACCACUGGCAGAGCCCGGACAUCCACCAGGUGCGCAUUCCCUGGGCCGACUUCUUCGACCUUCCGAGUCUCAACAGAAACGUCCCGGUCAUCGAGUACGAGCAGUUCAUUGCAGGGCUCGGCUUCCAUCAUGGCCCCGGUGCUGCUGAGGAACACGUCGGCCAGGUCGGUGAUGCUGGACAGAGCCGAGAACCUCCUGCACGACCACUACGGGGGGAAGGAGUACUGGAACACCCGGCGGAGCAUGGUGUUCGCCAAGCACCUGCGGGCCGUGGGGGACGAGUUCCGAAGCAAGUACCUGAACUCCACGGACGAGGCCGACAGGACCCCCUUCCAGGAGGACUGGACCAAGAUGAAGGUCACGCUGGGCUCCGCGCUGGGGGGCCCGUACCUCGCGGUUCACCUGAGGAGAAAAGAUUUCAUCUGGGGCCACAGAGAGGAUGUGCCCAGCCUGGAUGGGGCUGUGAAGAAGAUUCGCAGCCUCAUGAAGACCCACCAGCUGGACAGGGUGUUCGUGGCCACAGAUGCCAUCAGGACGGAGCACGAGCAGCUGAGGCGGCUGCUGCCCGAGAUGGUGAGGUUCGAGCCCACGUGGGAGGAGCUGGAGCUGUACCGGGACGGCGGCGUGGCCAUCAUCGACCAGUGGAUCUGCGCGCACGCCAGGUUCUUCAUCGGAACCUCGGUCUCCACGUUCUCUUUUCGGAUCCACGAGGAGAGAGAGAUCCUCGGGCUCGACCCACGGACGACGUACAACCGGUUCUGCGGGGACCGGGAGGAGGCGUGCGAGCAGCCCACGCACUGGAGGGUGGCCUACUGAGCCGCCGGCUCCUCGUGGGCCCUGCGCCCAGGACAUCCGCACACGUGGCCUCGUCUUCCUCUGAGCGCCCGUGUGGCCUCGGGGUCGCGUUGGCCCUGACCGGCAGGCAAGGCUGCCCCACCAUCGCUUCAGGGUCACGGUCCCUGCUCACAGCCACGUGAGCCACGGCGCAUGCCCGUUGUCGGUGUUUCCCCCGCCGUGGGCUGCCUGGGGCUCUGCUGCUGGCAGGGCCGGUGUGAUGUGAGGAGGUGCGGGGGCUCGGGCUCCUGGAGGGCGUCCGGAUCCCCACGGGCUUGCUGUGUUUCAGCCUGCCGGCCCGCGUGUCCUGCACUUGGACCCGCGGGAGGCGCCGUGUGCGUUGGCGGGAAGGCGAACCCCCACCUUGCAGAACUGGGCCUGAGUCCUGUGUUGGCCCGUGAGGGGCUCUCUGCUCCCCGGCUCGGGCGCUGGAAGGUUCCUCAGCAGGGCUUUGGGGCUUUGUCAGGUCCACACACAGGAACCCUGUGGCUGGCUGAGGGGCUGCGGGCAGGCCACGGCGAGUGUGGCGGCAUUGGGGGUCGGACACCCUGGGCCCUGCCUCGCGGUGGGCGCAGUGCGCUGGAGGGUAGGGGGCGAGCAGGACGGUCACUCUGGCCUCCGGAGGGCUCGUGCCGCUGCCCAGAACCCCCUUCUGGGCCUCAGGUGUGGCCACCACACACCCCCUCUGACCAGGAGCCCCAACUUCGCACAGACUGCCCGGGUGACCCAGAGACGGCUUCUGUGUUUUCUUCCCGAGCUUUGAAAACCCGCCCCGAAUCGCGCUCGGUUCCCGUGGUGUCCCCGUGGUGUGCGGGGAGAUGAUGAAGUAUUUAUUCUCUGCUAAUUUGUACCUUCAGAUGCUAUUAAUAAAGUACAUUUUCUAGAAAAGUGGAA